UUCGCUCCGUUUCCCUCGCGAUUCUCUCUCUCUCCUCCUUGCCCCCCUUCCUCUCUCUCUCACUGACGGCCUUUGCGUCUCUCUCUCUAGAAAUUCUCACACUCUAAAAUUAGACACUGCAGCCUGUGGCAGUAGUCGUGCGUGAAGUAGCAAGGGAACCCCACUCGUAUCCAUUAAAUGCUCGAGUCUCGUCUUUGCUUUAGUUUUGUCAUUUCUUCCUUCUCAUCCAAGUUUGCGAUUGUUCCCCGUUCCUCUCCAGAGUUUACCCGUGUUCUCUCCUUUUGCUUAGCUCUCUCUCUCUCUCUCUCUCUCUCUCUCUCUCUCUAUCUGAUGCUGCAAUUCAUGCAGGGGUGCAUUAGCGCAAGUGUUCAAUGGGCUAGGCUUGAACGGUGAAAUUCAAGGUUCAUCGACCAUCAUUUCCCACCACGUAAGCAAUUAUAUUGUUCCUUUCUCUUAAGUAACACAAACAACCCAUUAAGAAAAGAAAAAUAAAGAAAAAAAGAGAUACAUGCUCGAAGGAGUGACAUAAUGACGCUUCGUAGUUCAAAGAAGAGGCCUUUGGGGCAAUAUUUAGAUGAAGAGGGAGAAGCUAAAAUUUAUAAGUUUAAAAUUUUUAUGCCAAAUGGAAUGAGCGUAGAGUUGGCAUUGCAAGGGGAGGCAGCAUUGGUCCGUGAUUUUAUUGCUGUUGUGAGAAAGGAGUAUGAGAAAAAGACGAAAAAGCAUUCUGAGCAGAAGAGGACUAUCCAAUGGGGAGGUGACAUGUACUUGGAAGACAUACUGGGCAAUAGAGUGGAGGGAAGAAUAUCCUUUAAGAAUUACAGUGUCAAGAAAAUCAACAUGCUUAUCCUGCAUGAUGGCCAUGCAGGAACCGUGGACACCUAUCAGAAUAUGUGGGAUAUAACUCCCGAUACAGAACUGCUGUCAGAGCUUCCUGCAGAGUACUCCUUUGAGACUGCUCUUGCUGAUUUGAUUGAUAACUCCUUACAAGCAGUUUGGUCAAAUGGUCCAUGUGAGAGACGCUUGAUCAGCGUGACUUGUAUUGAGAGGAAGAUUACAAUUUUUGAUAGUGGGCAGGGGAUGGAUGGGAGUGAGGAGAGCUCCAUAGUGAAAUGGGGUAAGAUGGGUUCGUCCAAUCAUCGGUAUUAUAGAGUUUCAGCUAUAGGUGGUGAUCCACCAUAUUUAUUGCCCUGUUUUGGCAUGUAUGGAUAUGGAGGUGCUGUUGCCUCAAUGCAUUUGGGAAGAUCAGCUCUCGUUUCUUCUAAGACCAAAAGAUCAAAGAAAGUUCUGACUCUAGUGCUUGCUAGAGAUGAACUCUUGAGUAACUCCAGCUCUGAAAAGAUAUGGAGGACCGAUGGCGGUAUCAGAGAUCCUUUAGUGGAAGAAAUGCAAAAUUCACCGCAUGGGAGUUUUACCAAGGUUGUUAUACAUGAAGCAAGAACUGAAGGGUUGGACGAGUAUCAGCUGAUUUACAGAUUGAAAGACAUCUACUUUCCAUACAUUCAGUAUGAUGAAAUGGGUGGAAAGACAACUAUGCCUAUUGAGUUUCAGGUGAAUGGUGUCGAUUUAGCUGAAAUCGAUGGAGGGGAAGUGGCUGUGACAAAUCUGCAUUCUUGUAAUGGUGGUGAAUUUGUUCUACAACUUCUCUUUAAAGUCAACCAUGGGAUGGAACCAUCACAAAGUUUAGGAUCGAAGGAUGGUGGGGCAGAUCGUGUUGCUAAUGCCCGGUUAAAAUGUGUUUACUUUCCUAUUGUGGAGGGUAAAGAAAGUAUUGAUAAGAUCUUGGAAAAGCUAAAGUCCGAAGGAUGCAGCAUAUCGGAGGAUUUUGAUAGUUUUUGUCGUGUAUCUAUUCGCCGAUUAGGACGGUUACUUCCUGAUGCUCGAUGGGGAAGGCUUCCUUUUAUGGAGCCAAAGCAUUGGAAAGGAGAUAGAGUACAAAUGUUGAAGCGUUGCUACCUGCGAGUUAAAUGCUUUGUGGAAACGGAUGCGGGUUUCUCACCUACUCCUUAUAAGACUGAUUUAGCGCAUCAAGAUCCAUUCACAACUACCUUGAGGAACUUUGGAAGCAAGCAACCUGCAAAAGGUUCCGCAACCGUUGCCAAAAUACUUAGAGAUGGGAAGAAUUUGACUCUCUCUCAGUUGGAGAAGGAGUAUCGAGAAUGGGUUUGUCAGAUGCAUGAAGCAUUUGAUGAGGAAAUAAAUACUGGAGAAGAUGAACCAGUUGUUCUUAUUAGCCCAUGCAACAAGAAGGAGCUUGGUUUUACUUCUGAAUCUGAUGUCAUAAGAGUGCACUGUAUUAUAAAACGGAGAGGGAGGACUUGGGAGUGUGGAGAGAAGGUGAAAAUUCUAAAAGGUGCGGUUGGGUGUCCCAAGAAUGAUCUUUAUGCGACUCUCGAGUUUAUACUAUUGGAAGGAUUUCAAGGUGAUGUUGGUGGGGAAGCUCGACUAAUCUGCAGGCCAUUGGAUUGCCCGGAUGAGAAUGGUGCGCUGUUGACAAAGUCUGGAAAUCCGAGUUUGGACAUUCGGGGAUCUAUUUCUUUCCCCAUAAAUGUGAUCGAUUCUGGGAAGUGCCAUUCUGUAGAUACAGCUUCAUGGGAACGCAAACUUGAGAUGAAGAGACAGAAAGCUCCUGCUUUGAUUGAUCCGCUGAAUGCGGAGCAGUGUUCCCAGUUAGGGAUUGAUGGGGCACUACCAAGCAUGGCUCAAGUUCCUGCAGGAUACAUGCCUCCAAAGGAGAUUGUUGCAGUAUUUAGGCCUCACACAUUUCUUGAUUCUAGGUUGUCGAGUAGCUUGGAUCAGAAGUUUAUUGUCAAAGAUGAUCUGGAGAUGAAAUUGGAAAUUAGAUUUAGUAGUGAAGGUGGAAAUCACCCAGAUAUUGACAUAAUAUAUUCCGCAAGCUCAAAAUCUUCCUCACGUAGAGGAUUCAAAGGCUUAUAUAUUUUUCCUUUAAAUUGCUGUCCAAAUUUAUUCCAUAAAGCUGGUGCUUAUACUUUUUCUUUCUCCGCGAUUUGCGGCACAUGUACAUGUAAGCGGCGAGAACGAAGGAUUGAAGUUGGGCCUGCUGAUAAAAUUGGCUAUUGGAGAUUAUUAGAAGAUGUAAUUAUCAAUAGUGAAAAAUUUCCUUUGAAAAUAAGGGUUGGCUCAUCCAUCCACAAUCUUUCCAUUGCAUGUUAUGAUGUUUAUGGUAAUCGAAUGCCACUUACAAGUCUUCCAGAAAUGGAAAUGAAAUUCCAGAAGUGUGAAGCGGUGCUGUUACAUACAAACAAAACCCUCAUUAGCAUAGUAGAUGAUAAAAUGAGCCUUGAAAUAAAGGAUUUAUUGGUCGAGUCUAGCAAGUUAGAUGUGAUUAGACCGCAUUACAAAGAUACUUUGGAAAUAAGAUCUCAAGAUGGUUUUUGCUCGAUUGAAGUUCAUUGUCAAGUUUUUCCUGGUCUUCCUUGUCAAGUUAAGAUGAGAAUUAGUGGGAGACUAAAGCAUCAGUUGCAGCCUGGGGAUGUAAUUCAAGAAUUGGUAUUGGAGGUAUUAGAUGCUUAUGGGAAUCAUGUUGAGACAGGGCAAGAGAUUUCUCUUGAUCUGAAUGGGUUUAGUCUUCCAGAUCAGACUGGACAGAAGUGCAAGGUGAAUGAUCAAGGAUGUGUUAUUCUUAGUGGCAUGUUGAAGGUUACAAGUUAUGGCAAAAAUGCUCGUCUAUCUGUCUACUAUGACGAGAAUGUGCUGUUUGAAGAAUAUUUUGAAGUUUUAUCAGGAGAAUUUCAAGCUAUUUCCAAGGAUCAGCUUAUGUUAGCUCCUAAAACGGAGUUGAUUUUAGCAGAACCAACUGAUUUUGGUGUCCAGUCGCAGUGGACUAGGGAAAUUAUGUUUUCUCCACAGAGGUCACCCUCUGUUGCUCCAGAUCACCUUCUGCCUUUUAUGGAUUCAAUUGUUAGAGACCAAGAGAAACUGGAAAAAGAUCUUGAGAACAUAGGAGUACAGGUUAAAAACCAUGAAACUAUACUGGAAAAGCUGAAGCAUCAGCAGAGUGAGAUUGAUAAUAGUAUCUGUGCUAUAAAAGAUGAAAUACCACCUGAAGUGUAUCAACAUAUUGAUGACUUGGGGUAUGCCAAGGAAACAAUAUCAAAACAAAUAGAAAGGAAGAGCAAAAUUGCAGCUUCAGUUUUAUCCAAGCGUGUGCUGCCCCGAAGAGUUAGGGAGCCUCAGUUUUCAUUUGUACAGGAUGUGAUUGGAAUCGUCGCCCUUCUUGGUUCAGUCUCCAGCAGCCGGCUUAGCAGAGUACUUGCAAAUUACUUAGGAGAAAACCAUAUGCUUGCAAUCGUUUGCAAAUCUUCUGAAGGUGCGAGAACACUAGAGCGGUUUGCUCAAGAUGGCAAAAUGGAUUGUAACCGUGCUCUUCAUGGAGCCACCUUUAGCCCUUCAAAGGAGCAUAUAACCUCUCAGUUUCAUGUGAUUUGCCUUGAAGAGUUAAGCCAUUUUCAAGGAGAAGUAGAGACUAGUCAACCACAGAGCAGAUUAAACUUGUCACAUCCUAUGCUCCCAUCAGCGAGAAAACCGUCAGGGUUCCAAGGGUUUGCUGUAAAUAUGAUUAAUUUGGACGUUCAGAACUUGCACACUGUCACUGAUGAUGGCCGUGGCCUUCGUGAGACUCUAUUCUAUUAUCUUUUUGGUGAGCUCCAAGUGUAUCGGACCAGAGCAGAUAUGGAGAUGGCGAGCGAAUGCGCAGAUAUGGGGGCUGUCUCUCUCGAUGGUGGAAUUCUUAGGCGCAGAGGCCACAUUGUUUUAGGAACUGCGGAACCUUAUAUUACGUUUCCAGUAGCAUCGUCCCCAAAGGAACAGUGGGACAUGGAGCGUAUCUUGCAUUCUCUGAAGGAGAUUGAAGAAAAGAAUACCCAGAAAGCAGAAUUGGCUGCCCGUAGGGAUGAUGAACAUGCACGAUAUAUGAAGACAUUGUCAAAAUUUAAAAAGAAGAAAGAACAAUGGGAGAAGUUCCAUAAAGAGAAAGUGCCGUUGCUAACCUCUUGGCAAAAGAAUCUCUAGGUAUGACGAAUGACAGUGGUUGGCUUUUGCAUAUGCUAUAUAUACAUAUGUAUAAUGUAUAGGUAUCACUGCCUGUGGUUAUGGUACUAUCAAAUGUUGCACAGUUAACCUGCAUGUCACUGUAAACUUUUGCAA